AUGCGAUCCAUGGCUUCAGCCGGGGCGCUGCUGGCGCUCUUGCACCUCGCUCCGAGCGGCGCUUGGGCCCAGAUCACCCCGCAGCAGGUCUAUCAACCUCCGCCAGCGUCGCGCGGCGCGGUCUCGCAGCAGUCCAAUCUCACAAACGGCGUGAAUCCACAGUACGCAGAUCUGCUCGGCAACGCUCUCUGGUUCUACGAUGCUCAGAGGAGCGGCGCGCUUCCCGCCGACAACCGCGUCUCCUGGAGGAACAGCAGCUGCGAGAAUGACGGAUCGCUCAACAACACUGAUCUCUCCGGAGGCUUUUACGACGCAGGCGACUACAUCAAGGCCACCUAUCCAUUCUGCUGGACACUCACCUCGCUGGCCUGGAGCGCCCUCAGCUUCGGCUCCGCAUACGAGAGGAGCUCGCAGGACGCCUACCUCGACUCGACGCUGCGCUGGGGCCUCGAUUGGCUCUCCAAAGCACACUCGGACGCAGACACGCUCUGGGUUCUUGUAGGCAAUCCGAGCACCGAUGAUCAGUACUGGGGCGGUGAUCAAGACAUUCCCGGUCCUCGUCCUUCCUACAGCGUCACGCGCCAGAACCCAGGCACAGAUGCCUUCGCUUCGUGUGCUGCAGCCUUUGCCGCAUCCGCAUAUCUGUACGGCGAGCGAGGCGCCUCGCUGCCCACCAGCACGGACGGCGCUCAGCUUGGAGGUGUGUCUACUAUCCACAACCGAACCUACUCGGAAGCGCUCCUCCGACACGCCGAAGGCCUCUGGGACCUGGCCGUCAACAGCUCGCCCAAGCAGGUCUACAACACCGCUGCACCCACCGCCGGUCAGAGCUAUCCCUCGAGCGACUACGAGGAUGACCUUGCCUUUGCAGGUCUGUGGAUGGCGCUGGCCAAGGCGGAUGCAAGCUACGCCAACCAGGGCCUCGUCUUCUAUCCCAAUGGCACCAACGCCUUUGCAAGCGUCAACUCUGCCCUCAACUGGGACCGCAAAGUCGCAGCACUGCCCGUGCUCGCCACCCAGCUGGCACAGCACAAUGCCUCGUUCGGUCUCCAGAUGAGCCGCUUCCAGAACGAUGCCGAGUCGUACUUUGAUCGUCUCACCUCGGGCAAGAUGCAGUACGUCAGCCAGACCAAAGGCGGUCUCUACUGGUGGGCAGGCGACAGUGACGCGGCCAGCUUGAACCCUGCCCUCAACGCCGCCUUCAUCGCCGAUCUCUACUCGGGCUUUGCCACCACGUCCGCAAAGAAUUCGGCAUACCGUUCGCUCGCCGACUCGCAGGUCGACUAUCUCCUCGGCGACAACAACUACAACGGCCCCUUCAUCGUCGGCCAGCAUCCCAACAGCCCGCAGAAUCCGCACUCGGCCAUGGCUGCGGGAGGCAACGACAUCACCAACAUCAACACCAGCCCGCCUCAGGAGCUGCACGUGCUCUACGGCGCAGUCCCCGGUGGGCCGGACAAACAGGACCGCUUCUUUGACAUUCGCGACGACUGGCCGCAGACCGAGAUCGCCCUCGACUACAAUGCGCCGCUGGUCGCUGCUGCCGUGUCGCGUAUUGCCAGGAACGUCACCAAGGACCCGCCCUUCGCCACUUUGACCGGCGCCGCCAACGUGGCCUCGGGCCGUCCCACCGAUGCCGCCUACCCGGCUCGCAAGAAGGGCGGCUUGAGCCAGGGAGCACAGAUCGCCAUCGCCGUCGUGGUCAUCGUCGUCGUCUUUGCGGCUGCAGGUGCCCUCAGUUGGUGGCAGCGUGACCGCAUCCGAUGGUACUACCGCCAGAAGAAGAUCGGCCUGUAG